AUGGUAUUCAAAAUGAAGAUGCUGGAAAUUUUUAGUUCUUCAUAGGAACUACAAAAAUUGAAGGAAAGAACCUUUUCAGAAGGAGAUUGUUUUGAAAAUAUGUUUACAUAUAACUGAUUACUGUACAGCUUUUAAAAAAUAAUAAAACACUUUGAGAAGAUUGUAUUUAUGGUAAAAGGAAACUGGACUAACAAUGAGGCCAAAGACUUUUCCUGCCACAACUUACUCUGGAAAUAGCCGGCAGCGACUGCAGGAGAUCCGCGAGGGGCUGAAACAGCCCUCCAAGUGUUCUUCUCAGGGGUUGCCCAUGGGACCAAACAGUGAGGCCUCCCUGGAUGCCAAAGUCCUGGGGAGCAAGGACGCCUCCAGGCAACAGCAGAUGAGAGCCACCCCGAAGUUUGGACCUUAUCAGAAAGCACUCAGAGAAAUCAGAUAUUCCCUGUUGCCGUUUGCCAAUGAAUCAGGCACUUCUGCUGUUGCUGAAGUAAACCGGCAAAUGCUGCAGGAGUUGGUGAAUGCAGGAUGUGAUCAGGAGAUGGCGGGCAGAGCACUCAAGCAGACUGGCAGCAGGAGCAUCGAGGCUGCCCUGGAGUUCAUUAGCAAGAUGGGCUACCUGGACCCCAGGAAUGAGCAGAUCGUGCGUGUCAUCAAGCAGACCUCCCCAGGCAAGGGCCUCAUGCCCACCCCAGUCGCAGUGACGCGGAGGCCCAGCUUCGAGGGUGCGCGUGAAGGCUUUCCUGCCUUUUCCCCGCUGCCCAGCGCGGCCUACGACGGUGCGGGCUUCUGCUCAGACAGUACAGUGGUGUUGGAGGAGGGGCCGAGGCCCUAUGCGGGCUUCCUUUUCGCGGGGACCCAGCUCGGCGCGCCACAGGCCUACAGUGCCCAUUACAGCCGCACACGCCCCCCUGGGCCGGGGGAGCCACGGGGCUACAGCGUGCAGCGCAGCCCGUCCUUCCAGGCGCCAGGGGCCCCACCGGCCUCUGGCCUGGGCACCCCAGGCCCGGCGGGGCUGUACCCGCCGCCGCACAAGCCCCCAGGGCUCCCACUGCAUGCCCUGGGCCCCCGUGGCUCGCUCUUCCCCACGGAGCCCCCACCUGGCCCGCCAGCGCCCCCGCGUGGCCUGCACGCUGAGCUGUACGAGCCCUGGCCGGCUGCGCCCACCCGCCGCGACUCGCUGCGCACUGCCGGGCCCGAGCCCCGCUCUCUCGCCUUCCGGCCCGGCGGCCCCACGCCCAGCAGGACCCACUCCUUCAGCGGCCCACAGGCUGAGCCCGCACUACCCGCGCCCAACACCGUCACGGCUGUCACUGCCGCGCACAUUCUCCACCCAGUAAAGAGCGUGCGCGUCCUGCGACCUGAGCCGCAGACAGCUGUGGGGCCCUCGCACCCCGCCUGGGUGCCUGCACCCUCCACAGAGAGCCCAGCCACAGAGGAGGACACGACGCACAGCCUGGCCGUAGCCUUCCCACGGGACCGAUGCCCGCCGCCCCCCUACCCCAAGCAUCUGCUGCUGCACAGCAAGUCUGAGCAGCUCGACCUGGACGGCCUGUGCACCGGCAUGGAGCAGAGCCUGCGCGGGUCCCCUGCCGAGCCCGCCGCAGCGGACAGGAGCCGCAAAGGGGACAAGGGCGACAAGGCCGGCAAGGACAAGAAGCAGAUCCAAACCUCACCGGUGCCCGAACGCAGGAACAACAGGGACGAAGAGAAAAGAGAGUCUCGCAUCAAGAGCUACUCCCCGUACGCCUUCAAAUUCUUCAUGGAGCAACACGUGGAAAACGUCAUCAAAACCUACCAGCAGAAGGUCCACCGGAGACUGCAGCUGGAGCAGGAAAUGGCCAAGGCGGGACUCUGUGAGGCCGAGCAGGAGCAGAUGAGGAAGAUCCUCUACCAGAAGGAGUCCAAUUACAACAGGCUCAAGAGGGCCAAGAUGGACAAGUCCAUGUUCGUGAAAAUCAAAACCCUGGGGAUUGGUGCCUUUGGAGAAGUCUGCCUGGCCUGUAAGGUAGAUACGCAUGCCCUGUAUGCCAUGAAGACCCUGAGGAAGAAAGAUGUGCUGAACCGGAACCAGGUGGCCCACGUCAAGGCCGAGAGGGACAUCCUGGCUGAGGCAGACAACGAGUGGGUGGUCAAACUGUACUACUCAUUCCAAGACAAAGACAGCCUGUAUUUUGUGAUGGACUACAUCCCCGGGGGGGACAUGAUGAGCCUGCUGAUCCGCAUGGAGGUCUUCCCUGAGCACUUGGCCCGGUUCUAUAUCGCAGAGCUGACUUUGGCCAUCGAGAGUGUCCACAAGAUGGGUUUCAUCCACCGAGACAUCAAGCCUGACAACAUUUUGAUAGAUCUGGAUGGUCACAUCAAACUGACAGAUUUUGGCCUCUGCACUGGAUUCAGAUGGACUCACAAUUCCAAAUACUACCAGAAAGGUGAAGGGAACCAUGUCAGACAGGACAGCAUGGAGCCCAGUGACCUCUGGGACGAUGUGUCUAACUGUCGCUGUGGGGAUAGGCUGAAGACCCUGGAGCAGAGAGCCCGGAAGCAGCACCAGCGGUGCCUGGCUCACUCCCUGGUUGGGACCCCAAAUUACAUCGCCCCCGAAGUGCUCCUGCGCAAAGGGUACACCCAGCUCUGCGACUGGUGGAGUGUUGGUGUGAUUCUCUUCGAGAUGUUGGUGGGGCAGCCGCCCUUUUUGGCUCCUACUCCAACAGAAACCCAGCUAAAGGUGAUAAACUGGGAGAGUACACUCCACAUUCCUGCCCAGGUCAAGCUGAGCCCUGAGGCCAGGGACCUCAUCACCAAACUGUGCUGCUCUGCCGACUGCCGCCUGGGGAGGGAUGGGGCUGACGACCUGAAAGCCCACCCAUUCUUCAGCACCAUCGACUUCUCCAGUGACAUCCGGAAGCAGCCGGCCCCCUACGUCCCUACCAUCAGCCACCCCAUGGACACGUCAAACUUUGAUCCCGUGGAUGAAGAGAGCCCAUGGAAUGAGAGCAGUGAAGGCAGCGCCAAGGCCUGGGACACACUCACCUCCCCCAGUAACAAGCACCCAGAACACGCGUUCUAUGAGUUCACAUUUCGGAGAUUCUUUGAUGACAACGGCUACCCCUUCCGGUGCCCAAAGCCUUCGGGAGCAGAGACUUCACACUCUGAGAGCUCAGAUCUUGAAAGCCCUGAUCUGGUGGAUCAGACGGAGGGCUGCCAGCCCGUGUACGUGUAGUCACACCCACGCACCCACAGCUGCAUCUUGGGAGGGCAGCAGCCCAGCUGCCUCCCACACAGUUGGCGGAAAGCCGGGGACAGCCUUGUUUGCAGCUGGGCUGCUGAGUACUUCACUGAAGUUCUGUUCUUCAAGAAAACCCCAGACGAACAAGAAACUUUUUUUAGAGAAAGGACUGAAGUCUGGCAGACCUUCAUUUCUAGGUUCUGGCCGAUGGGUGGCAGGGAGGGGUCAACAUGGCUUUGAAUUGGCUUUAGGGGACCUUCACCGCAUUAAAACAAUAUUUUUAAAAAUUUAGAACAGUUUAGAAAGCACUUAUUUUGUUGAUAACCAUUUUUUUCUUACUAAAUUAUAGGGAUUAACUUUGACAAAUCAUGCUGCUGUUGUUUUCUACAUUUGUACCUUAUCCAUAGCACUUACUCACAUUUAGGAGAAGACAGAAGAACUGAAGAACAUGUGAUAAGAAAUCUCUGUGCAAUAAUGUUAGAAAAAGACGAUGCUCUGCUGAGAUGUCACAGAGACCAUUUUAUCCAAACAAUGGUUUUUGUUUUGUAUUUUUCCCACAUUUCAAACUUGUGACAUAAUGUUAAAAGCUGCUUUUUUGUUGUUGUUUUUUGCAUAUUAUAGUAGUAUAACAGAAAGUGUGAGCAGAGUAAUGAUGUGGGUGUGGUUUCAGAUGUCUGGUGUGUGGGAAGUACUGUACUGCAUGAGCAGGAUUUUUCUAUUAUAAAAUUACCAUAUCUUGCCAUUCACAGCAGGUCCUGUGAAUAUGUUUUUACCGAGUGUUUUUAACUGAGGUAUUCUAGAUAGCGUGCUUAUUACGUAUCGUGUGGGUGGCGUCUUUGCUAUGAUUGUAGCCCUUGCUGUUUUGUUAAAGAAAUGCAGUUGUGUAAAUGAGAAGUGAUUGUAUGUGCACGUUGUAUGUGCCUGUGUGCACACGUGUUUGCGUCUUGGGUAUGACUGAAUUCUUUGGGGGAUAAAUGUAAACGUUUUCAUACAGCAAACUUUAUGCAUUAAAAGGGAUUAAUUCAGCUAUGCCAAAACGUUUAAGUUAAUCGUGGAUCUAUGUCCAUUUCUCUAGUCAGUCUAUGCGCUCAUUCUUGAUGUAGCUGGUAUGUGGAAUUCAAUAGCUAGGACCCUACUACUUAAUUUUUUACUGACUGACUACCCACAAUGAAAGGUUACAUAAACGUUAUUCCUUCUGUUGUUUUAGGCAGCUGAGAGGUUGCCACACUGAAUUAAAUAAACUUGUGGUUCUUUUGCUUUAUUUUAAAUAUGCUUUGAAGUGUCAAUUUUCAACUUGGUUUAAACAAUACCAGGUUUUUCUAACUUUUGUAAAAAAAUUUUAAAAAGUAAAGAUUCUUCAAAGUGACAUUGGAAUAAAAACAAUUAAGCCAUACAUAUUUUCCUAGACAUAUAGGUGUAUAUAUGACUAUAUAGAUAAACACAAAAUAUUUCUUAUUUCAAAUUAGUAUGGUUUCUAUUUAAAGUGAUUUGCUAUAUUUGAGUAAAAAUUCAAUUCUUUUUUGCUCUUUAAAAAAACCUGAUACAUCCUAUUUUUUAUUAUAUUAGUCCACAUAUUUUCCUUGAGGUUCUUAGCAUAAUGUAUCCAUUAUUAUUAUAUAUCUAGGCAACAACACUUAUAAGUUUAUCGAUGUCUAGAAAACAUCCUGUGUACUGGUUUACAUUUGUAUGAAUGGCAUAUUCUGAAGUCUGCUGUGCUUGUAUUGAGACUUACAGUAUUUGCGCUAUUUUAUAGUAAUGCCAUGUUAUUUACAGCGCUGACAUACUUUCAUGUGGUAGGUUCUUUCUCAGGAACUCAGUUUAACUAUUAUUUAUUGAUAUAUCAUUGCCUUUGAAAAGCUUCUAUUGGCACAAUUUAUUAUUAAAACUUUGAAUCCAA